GCAGUCUUGUUUUGUUUUGUUUUGUUUUGUUUUGUUUGUAAAGUUUGCAGUUAAAGUUGAUGUAAUGUUUUCAAUUUAUAACUUAAUAUUUUUAGCUUUUAAAACGUAGCCAUAACUUUAUAAAGAUAACAACUUGUAUCUUCAGUCAAGAAGAAAAAAACAUUCUGCAACAUAAUUUAUUUUAAUGUAAACUCGUGAAGAUGAAUCCUCUCGACGUAUCAUACAAGCUUUUAGAACAAGGCCAGUUCUUGAAAAUUACAUUUUCAAUCAAUUCUAAAAGAAGAGGUGAUCCAUACACAUCAGAAUUUAAAAUUGAUGAUAUGGUUCAAGUUCGUUUUAAACUUGAACAAGAUGCAACUAGAGGUAGAGAUAGCCCAUGCUAUGGGUAUGGUGAUGUUACAGGGAAACAAUGGAUAUCUGGAAACUAGGAGCAAUAAUAUGGCUUUUCAAAUCUCAUGUGGAAGGUCGGGCUGGGAUUGGUAAAUUUUUAACAAGUUUCGUGGAUAAUGAGAGGAAACCUACGACGGUGGUGUUUCAUGGGAUUUGUUGGAAUAAUUCCGUUAAACUCCAUGUGAUGAAAGAACUGUCCAAAGCUGGUAUCCGGAGCUCUCAGUCCAUGUCGAAGAGAACUUCUUUAAUAGACCACACCGUGUUGUUACUCGCUGACCUGAACUGCACGGGAACUGACGAGUUGAUCAUUAAUGCCUCCUGUAUCGCACAGGCAACUCAACGGGAAUUGCACCGGCUGCCGUACCGCUGGUUGGUGUUAUCAGAUGCGCCUCGCUCCGGUCGGUCCUCGCUCUGGGACCCGUUCCUGGUAGACAGCGAAUUGGUGCUCGCUACUGUUGACGGGGCAGGCUAUACAAUGACUGAGGUCUACAAGCCAUCCCCCACCAGCCCUGCCAUCCUGACGCCCCGCGGCACGUUCCAACACGUCCUGACAGACACCCGACCCCAUCGGGAGCUCUUUCGCCGGCGACGGGACCUCAUGGGCGUUCCACUAACUAUAACCAAUACUAUUCAGGAGAGUAAUUCAUCGAUAUAUCAUUUGCUGCAGGAGGACUCGCUGGAACUAGAGCACGAUCUCAUCAGCAAGAACUCGUACACCCUCGCCAAGGUGGCGUUUCUCACGCUGAACGCGACCCCCGUGGCCACGUUCACUAACAGCUUUGGCUACUUGCAGAACGGUCAGUGGACCGGGGUAAUAAAAGAGUUGUUGGAAUAUAACGCUGACAUUGGGACAAAUGUUGGAAUGAGUCAAUCUCGUCUCAAACAAGUAAUGUUCCUGGAUCCUCUGGACAACGGCCGUGCUCGUUUUAUCUUCCGUCAGCCCGCUCUCUCUGUCACCGCUAACAUAUUCUCCCUCCCCUUCUCCCCUGACGUGUGGAUAGCUACUGGUUUAUCUUCAUUCGUCGCUGGUGUGGCGUACUAUCUGAGCACGCGGCUGAUAAAGACGAGAGCAGAGAAGGGAACAGUUAGGGAUGCUUAUCUGCUGACUAUGAGUGCGCUCAGUCAGCAGGGGUGUGAGGUUCAGCCGAGACAUGUGUCAGCUCGCAUCGUCCUGUGGGUGGUGUUCACAUCAAUGAUGGCGCUGUACGCGGCGUACGGCGCCAACAUCGUGGUGCUGCUGCAGGCGCCUUCCACCUCUGUCAACAGCCUCGCGACCCUCGCCAAGUCUAAGCUGGCGCUGGGCGCUGCCGAUGUCAACUACAACCAUUUCCUUUUUAGAGCUUCUUCGGAUCCAGUACGCAACGAUAUAGCAAAGAGAGUGAACUCAGAUAAAGGACCCAAAGCAUUCUACGGAUUGACUGAAGGCGUUGAAAAAAUUCGGAAGGGUCUAUUCGCCUUCCACAGCGUGGUGGAGCCGGUGUACCGUCAGAUCGACAGGACGUUCCAAGAGAAAGAGAAAUGCGACUUGAUGGAACUUGACUACAUAGGAUACGCUGCUUUCCACGUGCCGGGCAGCAAGAAGUCACCGUAUUUAGAGCUUCUGAGAGUCACUUUCAAACGAUUGCGAGAGGUGGGCAUAAAAUCUGCAGUAAACUUCCGCUUUGAAGCGCGCAGGCCAUCAUGCAAGGAAUCAAUCGCCAUGUUCAGCAGCGUGGGCAUAACAGAGAUGCGUCCUGUGUUGAUAUUUAUGGCGUACGGCGUAGCGCUAAGCGUUGCCGUCACCGCGGCCGAGCUGCUCGUGUUCCAUGCGAACCGUUAUCGUCUUCGCCAACGGCGGGUGGCUGUACAAUUGGGUAGAAUUUAAAUUGGUAGAAAAUGUUUUAAGCUAUUUACCUAUACUUAGAUUGCAUAU